CACGGCUCAGUGUAUUUUUAAAUAGGGUCUAAGAGGGGAGACCCAAAGAUUCAAAAAGGUACACAGACUUGUCACUGAAGGAAAAGUUCUGCACAGAGAGAGGGAUUCCUUGUGAUUGGCAUUUCGGAGAACCCGAGUGUGUAAAAUAGUCAGAAAGAAGAAAGAGAAGAACAAUUCGGGGCUGAACAUUUACUAUGGUCCUGGUGGAGGGUCUGAUCAUCAUGCUAUGGCCCCUCAGCAGUUUAUGUCAUGCAUCACCAGGAGAUCCAUGGAGCAGCUGUCCAGCAGAUAAAAUGUGCAAAGUCAAGUUUGCAAAUGGCGUGUGUGAUAAGGAAUGCUCUGGCUCCCAAUGCCUGAAAGACGGCUUCGACUGCCUUAAGCCCAAAGAAUCCUGCAAUUCCGGUUACAUUCAGUACUGCCGUGACCACUUCGACAACACGCACUGCGAGAACGGCUGCAACACUGCCCCCUGUGGGUGGGAUGGUUCAGACUGUAUAAAAAACUAUAAAAACCAGCAUCCCAACUGGGCCAAAGGAACGCUGAUUCUGCAUACAGCAAUUCCUUUCCAGAAAGCACCGCUGCAGAACAGUUCGUUACUUUGGGCUCUCAGCAUCCUGCUCCAGACCAGCGUCAAACUGAGAGGGGUGGUGCCACUUCAGCCCAGUGCUGAUUUCUUCACUAUGGAUGCACAGCAGCUGAUUGAUCUGCACCAGCAAGCACCUAACUACAAGAGCAACAGGUCAUUAUUGUUCCUUCAAGUGGAUAACAGGCCAUGCUCCCAGCUACCAUUCUCUUGUUUUCCCUAUGCAUCGGAGGCAGCAGAUUUCCUGAAUGCUGUGCUGGAGUUGAACCAUGCCCCAGCCCACAUCAAGCCCGAGAUCCAGGCACUCAUCAGCAUCCGGGGCAUUAAUAAGGAGAUCACAGAGAGAGAAUCUCCCAUUGAGCACCCUGAUGGUUCUCCUGCAUGGCUGUGGCCAGUGGUUGGCAUUGCAGUGGGCAUUGGGGUAGCACUGGCCAUAGUGGCGCUGGCAGUGCUGGUAUGGAUCUGGAGAAAACGGCAGAGGAGAGAACAAGGAGACAGAGUGCAUCACAGAUCUACAGCAACUGACAACAAUGGUGACAGUAAAGACUGGACACAGUGCUCCUCUGAACAGAACAAAAGGAACGGAAGGAUAGCAAGGGCAAAGGACAGAAAUGGCAUGAAGAAAAAGAAGAAAGGGAAGGAUCUGGGAAAGAAGCGCAGGGAACCACUUGGAGAGGAUGCCAUUCGGAUGAGGCCUCUUAAGAAGACCUUGGACAUUGGCAGUGACACAGACAUGACCCAGAGCUCCAUGGAGGACAUCAGCAUGACAAUCUGUGACCACAGAUCUCCAGAUCAGAAACAUUUCAACAUCAAUCACAAACAAGUGCCCAUAAGUCCACCAAGAAGGUGGGACAGGAACUCCAUUCCUACACAUCAGAGGACUCCAAGAAAUUCAGCCCCAGUGCAAUGGUGUGGACCUGAUGGGUCUGUGGUUCUGAUCCGAGCUGUGAGGAGUGGCCUCGAUCGAGUAGUGCUGGAGCUACUCAGAGCUGGGGUGCCUGUCAACAACACUGACCACACCGGGAGAUCCGCCCUGCACUGGGCAUGCUCAGUAAACCACCUCUCAUUAGCGCGGACACUGAUACGUUAUGGCGCUGCUGUGGACAUGCAGGAUCACAAGGGUGAGACAGCUCUAUUUCUCUCGGCUCUCCACGGCUGCUAUGAUACUGCCAGGUUCCUCCUCCUAAACGGUGCCAAUCAGGAGCUGACAGACUGCAGGGGGCGUCGGCCAAUAGAUGUGGCCCAGGAAGGAUUCCAUCAUCAGAUCCUCGAGCUUCUACUGGCCCACCGAGUCCACCAGAGCCCGUUUCCUGUGGCCCCAGCUCCCGAGGUGCUGUGGGAUGAUCGCGCUUAUGUGUAUUCCCCAUGGGUGGCAUCACCUCCUUGUCUGCCAGGAAGGAGUUCUUCCUUUUCUGGGGUUGUAGGUCCCAGGGAGAUGUCUUCACCCCAGCCUAGUGACUGGCAAUUUGUGCCACCUCAAAAUUGGAGGCCAAUGACAAACCAAUCCACAACGGCGCUGGUCAGCCCCAGAGUCCUCAGCCGCCCAUCGCGUCCAAUCAGCACGCUUCAGGAAGUGACCUCAGAAGCUGAGGAAGAAGAAAGAGAAGCAGCACAGCAAGUCCUGAGAGCAACGACACCCCACUUCCUGUAUCCUCAGCCGGCACCCCGGCAGCGCUCAUUCUCCUGCACACAGCCCGCUAUGCAGCGCCGCCUCAGUGCCAACCAACAAGAGCCAGUCGUCAACGUCCUGCCAGAGAAACCACCUAAUGAGCAAGUGGAAAUAGUGGUUGUGCCCCACCCUAAGACAAGCUCCAGCCAAUCAGAGAGCAGAAGUGCAGGGAUGGUGUGUAACACAGACUCUGAGAGAGAGAGGAAAAAGAACUGCGAGGCAAAAGGUCAAAGCGAAGUGCUCCAUACUGAGCCCACAUCAAUACAGACUGUUAUGUGACCAUGAUGGAUUUUCAUAAAGCUCUGUAUUGAAAGAAGGUCCAAAAGUCCAAUUCCACUACCAAGCACUUUAUUUUUUCACCUAGAACUAAUACAAAAUGUUUAUUAUAAAAAUACAUUAUAUACAAUGGAGUAACCCUUUAUUUUAACAGUCUGUCAAAUCCAUGUAUUCAAUUAAAAAAAAUCUAUAGA